AUGGGCAACAGCUUCCUUUGCCCGGUGCAGACAGAUGUCGAUUGGCUUCGGCUGGCUCCGCAAAGCCUCAGCUUCGAUUCACGCUUCGAUGUUGAUGAGGACAAUGUCCUCGGGACGGGGAAGUUCUCGACCGUGUACAUGUGCACGUAUCGAGAAAAUCCUGACCAGCGCUAUGCUCUGAAGGCGAUUUCAACUUACACCGGUGACAAGGCCUCAUAUAGCCGCAUCGUGGAGGAGAUUGCCAUCAUGAAGGCCAUCAACCAUCACUCGAGCAUCAUCCGGCUCAUCGACAUGGACGAGUCCACCCCCAACACCAUCCGAUUGGUCUUGGAGCUUUGCGAAGGUGGCGAGUUGUACGAUCGCAUUCAGCAGAAGCGCUUCUACUCGGAAGCGGAUACCAAACUGCUGGUGAAGAAUCUCUUAGAGGCAGUGGAGUUCAUCCACAGCAAGGGCAUCAUGCACCGGGAUCUAAAGCCCGAGAACAUCCUCCUGGUCAGCAAGGUCAGCAACACAGACAUCAAAGUCUCGGAUUUCGGACUCGCGAAGCUUUCUCGGGAUUUUCCGCGCAGGCUCCCUCGGUCGACCUCAAUCUGUGGCUCUGAUUUCUACCUUGCACCUGAGGUCAUCAAGCAGGAGGAGUAUGGCCGCGAAAUAGACAUCUGGGCGGUGGGGGUGAUCACUUUCGUGGUCCUUAGUGGCGCACUGCCCUUCUUCAACCCAGUGCUUCAUAAGUUGUACCGGCAGAUCGUUGAAAGGGACGUCAGCUUCGCCGACGAUCGCUGGAGAGCAGUAUCUGCUGGUGCGCAGGAUUUCAUCCUUCGACUGCUGCAAGCGCGACCGGGUGAUCGGCUCACAGCUGAGCAG